AUGGGUGAAGGAGAAGAGGAGAAGUAAUAAUAAUAAUAAAAAAAGAAAGACGGCGCAUGUGCAGAGGGUUGCGUGGGGAUGAGUGCGCAGAUGCAGAACAGCGAUAGCAAAUAUGGCGAUGAGAAGCUGGCGUCUGUGGUGUGUGCGGUGUGGAUAAUUUUUCGGUGCUUCGCAAGUCCUAAAGUGUCCAAAUGUUGUGUCCACUCAAUGACUGAGGAUAUGGCGGAGUUGGUGGGACGCGAGCGAAUCUCACGGGUGGUUGUUGUCUCUGUAGAACAAGAUAACAGCACACCUCCUCUUGAAGCGGUGGUCGCGCGGGCUGCCGAUUCGGACGACGAGGAAGACGCGGUUGACGACAACGUUGAGCCCUCUGUUAACCUUCUCUCCCGUUCCGACUCGGAAGAGGUAAGCGGUACUAUGAUUGAAGCGGCCGAUUUCAGGGCCCUUUCUGAAGGACCAGCAUAUGCGAGUUUAAAUGGCAGAUUGAGUCCUGGAUUUUCAACUGCCUCUAGCUAUGCUACGUUAACGCCACUACAACCACUGCCUCCUAUCUCGACCAUGUCAGAUAAAUUUUCUCACUACGCUCACCACGGGAAUGUAACCGGAAAUUUUACACUCAUGCAAAACAACAUGGGACUGAACUUCCAGUAUGACAAACUGGGAACUAUGAGUGUUAUGAACAUGAGUCCAACAUUAGGAGUAACACAUGCCUCUGCCGUUUCCAUGCUCGCGGCCAAUGGGCUUAGUUCACAGUCCAUACCUUCACCUCCAUAUUCACAAAAUGGAAUACACACUCCUGAAAAAUCUCUCAGCCCCACUGGGUUUGAGUCCUACUCUCAUAGGGACCUUGGCUCACCCCAAAGUCCAGCGUUGCACACUCCCACCUCAAUGAUGCAAACUCUUAAUGGCCUUAAUGUCCCAAGCAGUCCUCCGCCCCCUGCCCAAAUACAAGAACCUAGUCCACCUAGUAAGCCCUCUCCGGGCCCUAUGACUGUUCCUGUGGUGAGUUUAGCUCCAUCAGCUGCUUUAAAUGUUGCCCUAUCUUUGGCAUCGGCUAUACCGGUGCCUGUACAUGUGACAGUCCAACCUGCUGUUGCUAUUUCGAGUACGACACCUCAGGGACAACAGCAGGUAGUUGUAGCCACUCCUGUGGUUCAGCAGCAGCCACAGCAACAACCACAGCCGCAACAACAGCAGCAACAACAACAACAGCAAGCGCAACCUCAAACUCAGCAACAACCCCAAGUAAUAACGACCAUUCCCAAUAAGACUGUACUUGUUGCAACGGCUGUUUCUCCUUCGUCAGCUAAAAGUAGUGGUGACGAAGUAGAAGAAAUUAAUACAAAAGAACUAGCACAGAGGAUAAGUGCAGAACUGAAACGUUAUAGUAUCCCUCAAGCAAUAUUUGCCCAAAGGGUGCUAUGUCGAUCACAGGGAACUCUUUCAGACUUACUGCGGAAUCCCAAACCCUGGAGUAAACUAAAAUCAGGAAGAGAAACUUUUCGCAGGAUGUAUAAAUGGCUAGAAGAACCUGAAUUCCAAAGGAUGUCUGCUCUCAGAUUAGCAGAAGGAGGCUCCUUUUCCCGAAUGUUACUGGAUCGGCAACCCACCUCUUCUUCCUCCUGCCCUUCCACGUCCACAGAUGCAACUACAGUGUCAAUCAAUACAGAUAUCAAUAGAUCAAUAUUCAGAUGCAAUACAGAGCCAGCAUGCAAGCGGAAAGAAGACCAGCAACAAGCUAAAUCACAAAAUACACCUAAGAAGCCUCGACUUGUUUUUACUGAUCUUCAAAGGCGGACAUUACAAGCGAUCUUUAAAGAGACAAAGCGUCCUUCAAAAGAAAUGCAAAUUACUAUUUCUCAACAAUUAGGACUAGAACUCAGCACUGUGGGUAAUUUUUUCAUGAACGCUCGGCGACGAUCUCAGGACAAAUGGCAGGAAGAAGUAGAUAAAUGUGGCAAUACACCAACUGCUACAAAGAAUAGCUCAACCACCAAUAACAGCAGCGACGCGACGAGUCCCGACAGCAAACCGACUAUUCUAACAACUAUUGUCACAACUUCGUAACCAAAGGGGUUUAAUGCUGGCUGUCGGGGUAUGUGAAAAAAAUAUUGGGUGAAUUUCUUUUUUGUAUGAAUGAACUUUUAAGGAAAAUGGAUCUGACAAUUUCGCUUCAGAAAUAAAUUGUACGACCAAUGAUCAGUGUUUAAGCGAAAGAACUCUAAAGGCCAUCCAACUUGUAAAUUGAAAACUUUUGCUCAGUUUUAUUUUUAUCAGAGAUUUCUAACUAUAAACUAUCUAGCCACUGAAUAUUAGAAAGCUUCCAUGUAUAUUUUUCUUGUACAAAAUUCAAUUAAUUGAGUUUAAGAUUGUUCGAUAGAACAAAUUUUAUUUUUGUGUAUAGCUAUAAAUACAAUAUUUUUGCAGAAAAAGGUUGUUCUAACCUAUACUCUUCAUAAAUAUAAAAUUAUACGUAGCUCUAGCUCAUUCAUAGACGUUACUCAUUAGUCAUUAUCAGUAGGAAAUAAUUAUUUAUUUGGAUUCUUUUAAAUGAAUUACUUUUAUUUACUUCUUGUAAACAACUAGAUUUUUAUUUACGAUAGCCAUGAUCUGUGCAGAAUAACGAAUAAAUUUGUAGGAUCUCACUAGCGAAUUUAUAAAAAGAAAAAAUGAAGUAAACCGAUAAAACAUAAAUUUUAACAUACUGUUAAACUAUCUCUGUUUUAACAACAUUAGACUUUCGAUUUAAAAUGUCAAUUUACAAAAGAUGUAGUAAAGUCUGAAACUCACUCUGUUGGCAUUCUUCAUAGGUGCCUACAUCGAAAUUUUCAAUUUGUGCCUUAGAGUUCUUUGGCAUUGAAAAAAGCAUUGUGAAAUAAUAUCUUGUAUAAUUUACAAGAUGACUUUUCUAUUUAUUGAGUUGAUGAACUCCACCUGUCCAAGCACAACCUAGACUCAUCUGGAGUCUAAGUAGAAAAUUCAUAUGUGUAUAUGUGGCUAAGUUCACUUUGUUGCUAAGCCUAAACAUACCAUUGCUCAUCUGUGUCUGUCAAAGUGAACAAGGUCUUAUUUGCAUUCUCGUUGCAGAAUGGCUGCAGCUUUCACAAGAACUAUGCAAUAAAAUAGACAAUAGCACUUCGUGAUAACAUUGUAUAUAAUCAACUAAGAUACACUAUCAUUUUUGCAAGGUGGUUAGUGCACUUUGCCAAAAAAAAAUUAAAUCUUUAUCCUAAAAUUUCUCGCGAAUGACCGGUUUAUAUUAAUGCAUUCCAAAAUUCAAUUUUUUACAAUCUGUACUUUUAAGUUUUAAUGAAUUCGCUGAAAUUUGACAAAAAUUUACUUUUUUAUUAAAAGCGUUGUUAACCUUGUUCACUUUACUUACUGUUAUUAAUUUAUAUAAAUUGCUCUCAAAAUGGAUAUAUUUAUGCAAAGUAACUGUAUUUACUAAAAAGAGGCACUAUAGUAAAGUAAAUACGUUCUCAAAUAUUAUGGAAUAAAGAGCCUUCGACUGUGUGAUAGAUAUUUUAGGAAUUAGCUGUAAUAUACAUGAGUUAUGACGUCAUUGUGCCGUUCUAUAGAGGAAGAAAAAUGUAUCAAAUAGAGAACGUUCGCAAUAAUUCUUCAACAACUGAUAUAUAAUUAGUAAAUUGUUAACAAUUGCCGCCUAAUAUAGAUAAUAAUAAAUGGUAAAGAUAUCGCAAUAAAUUAUUCAAAUGGACAUACAUCAAUAUUAGAUUUUCCAGCGUUUAUAGUUAAAAGUCGGCCGUCCAUAGAUGACGUCACGCUGGACGACAGUUGAUACCUAAACUUAUAAAAGCAAAACUAACAGCAUUUCUCUCAUCAAAAAACUCAUUUGAAUUAUCUUUGAUUUAUUUAUUUAUUUAUUUUUUGUUUAUAGUGAAAAAAAUGAGCUUUCUAUUUUUCUGAAAAGUACAUUUAAUAAAAUUUUUAAGAUGUGUUCAGAAACCUUCACCAGAUAAUAUUUUCCAUUUAAUUGACUUGUUUCACAGUGAAUUAACUGACUCAAUCCCUUUUUCAUUUAUGACAUAUUAACUUCAUUCUGUAACAGUAAUCGAUUGUCAAAGCAAGAAGUAAUAUUUUGAAUGUUUAUUCCAUCCUACUUAAUUUCAUGCUUUAUUUAAGUCAAAGAUAUAGUCUAAAUUUUAAAAAUUCACGACCGAAACGUGUUAUUUAAUUGGUAAAUUUCAUGAUUUAUCAGCGUUAUAGAAUCGCACUUUUACGAUAUAAUUACAGUUUAAUAUCAACGUCUUAAAUUACGAGUGCUGACAACCUGCAUUUCGCUUGAAAUUUUGAAUAUCUUGCUUGCAUUUAUUUAAUCCUCUAAAAGACUUUUCAAAAUUUUAAGGAUAUUUUCAAAGCCAUUUACAUUUUGUUUUAAUGCCACGAAGUUUAACAGUUCUCUUCUCAUUUCAAAAACUCAUAAAUAGGUUCGAAACUUGCUUCCUAGUUAGAACAAUAACGAUUACUUUUGGACCAUUUUCUGGUUACUUUUUACUUUAUUAAAUGUAUUAAGUUGCUCUAAAAACCCCCCUUUAACGCUCGGAAAUCAUGAUUUCAGAGAGCUCUUAGUCAACUUAUAAGAUUAAGAGAUAAGAUAAGAUUAAGAGAUCUAUGUAAGAAGACAGAUUGAAGAAAAGAUGAUUUUUACAAGCUUUAAGUGACAGCCUUAAUAUUUUAUAUCCUAUGUUAUACAAUUGUAUCUUUGCUUUUACUAAUAUAAUUAUUUAAUUAGCAUUAAAAGAAACGUAAUUGAGACACAACUUUAAAAAAAAUAAACUUAACAGCCACAAUCAUAUUUAAAUUAACUUAACUAUUUAUUAUUAAUUCACAAUCUAUCAAACAAUUUACUAUAAAUAAGAAGUGGUGUUUACUAGGAAUAAAAAUGACAUUAAUCUUUUCCAGUAUUUUUUUAUUCCAUGUAAAGUUGAGAAUGUUAUUUAUUUUUGAGCUAAUGAGAGAGAGAGUGUGUGUGAUUUAUUUGAUAAAGUAAAUAAUUGAUAAACAUUCCAUGUUUUAUUACAAAAUAAUUUAUCCUAAUUUCUUGUUACAAAUUAGUAUCUAGUCAAUUGAUAGACUGUGAUAGAUUUUGUUGUCUAAAGAUAUACUCUCACAGUUAAAAAUUAUAAAUGAGGUGCCUGGAUAACUCUAAAUUUCAUACUGUUAAAAUAUGCUUUUCCUUAGCCAUUUAAAAACAAGAUUUAACGAUUUGUCUACUGUCAUAAUUAUCAUAUCCAUAAACUAUGAAAUGCUUUUAAAUUGUGUCAGUUAGAGACCAAUUCUGUUUAUUAUUAGAGCUUAUUUUUUAUGUAUUAUUUUAUUUCAGAUUUGUGCAGCUAUUAUUGUAGUCAUUACUUUGUGUUAAAAGUCGUUUUAAUAUGUAUUGCUUAUCAUUUUAAAAAUAUUUUUAUAGAAAAAUGGAUUGAUCUUUUCUGUUGCAUCAUACUUAUUUUUCUAUUUUAAAAUUUGCAUUUUUUUAAUAUGCGCUAUCAUCUUUUCAUAACCUGUAUCAUCUUUUUUAAAAAUUCGUAAGUGAUAUGUUAGCUAGUCUUCAUCAUUACGCAUUAACCUAAUCAACAAAUAUUGUUUCUUUAUGCUGUAUUGUUAUUAUUUUUAUUUUUUUAAACACGACAAAGCACGGGACUUUAAGCACAGAAGUUAGAUUUUCGAGUCAGAAGGAAAUGAUCAUAAGAAGUGUUACAGCAGAACUGAACUAUAUCACUAUGUGCCAAAAUUUUCAAAAAUUAAAAUGUGUUGAUCAGUUGAAAAGAUCAUGGUAACUGCUAGCGUUUAUUUCUUACCCAAAGUGUAAGCAAUAAUAUAAUAGAUUCCCAAAAAUUUCGAGAAUAUGGAGUUUUUUAAAAGCUUUUAUCUAACUUGAACUAAGUUCACUUUAUUUUGUUUUAUUUUUACUCUAUUAAAUGUACAAAAAUAAAGAGAUAUGAUAAUGAAUCAAGUGAAGCGAAACCUUAAAAACAUUAUUUCACUGAUAGCUUAAGGCAUUUAACUAAGUUUAUUUGCUAUCUUUCUAGCAUUAACGUUAAAACCUUUUUUGAUAAAUAAGAAACUUUGCAAGCACUAAAUAGAGGCUUGUAUCCAUUUUCAAGCAUGAGACAUUUUGUAGAUAUUUAUGACACUAUUCUUUGUAUUUGCACUUGAACGAAGUGCUUCUAUUGAAGUCUCUCUAAAUCGUCAAAAGGAAAGAAAGAGCCACAUAUUUUUAUAUGUCUCUAAAUAUAUAUUCCGUACAUAAGUCCUCGCGCACUAUUCUGACUUAAAAACAGCUGACACAAAUGUUUUUCGCAUAUUUCUAUUCAUAAAUUGGAGUUAAUUUAUUAACCACUGUGUAUUAACUAUCCUCAAAAAGACUUCGUUUCUGAAUUAUUCAAUCAUUUCUGAAAUCAAUUAACCUCAAAACAUGGCUGAAAUAUUCAAAAUUUUAAUUUUACUUUCUAAAAAUAGCUAAUAAAUAGUAAAAUUAUUAUUUUAAACUUGUUUUUAGUAGAAUUGGAUAUUUUUAAGACACCUUCUUUUUAAAUGCGUAUGUUAAUAAUAAAUAUUUAUAGUAAAAAAUUAAUUCUAGUAGUUUAUUUUGAUGCAAAAAUAAGGUUUUUAAUUUGCUUAAAUGUAAUAAAUGUUCUCGACCAUAAGUUUAAAUAGAAGCAAUUCCAUGAAUGUUAUUUAACGGUUAAUCCUAUGAAGAAGCAUAGUUAAAAGGUGUUUAAAAAACUCUUCGUGUAGGCUACUACGGUUGAAAAAAAAAGAGCACUCUGACAAUUCAAUGGUACCACCCUAAAGCAAUAUAUCUUUGUAUAGUUGAAAGUUGAGUAACAUUUAGCGCAAUCCCAAAGUACACUUCAAUGUCAACGUAGAUGUGAAAUUUGUGCACAUUGCGCUAAAGGCUUUGUCUAUAUCAAGCUAGAGUUUUUUAUGCUUCUAGUUUUUACAGAAGUAUAUGCAUAUUGUAAAUAUUUGUGUUUAUACAUAUGUAAAUGUGAGAAACAAAUUUGUUUUCUUGGUUUCCAUUCACUACAGGCCUUUGACAAUCUACUUACUUUUGUAAAACACAAAAAAAAUAUAUUACUUUGAAUGACACCUUAUGUAGACGUGUGCUUUGACAGACUGUUAAUUUGGCAAUUAUGCUCAUGAUUUUUUAAAAUAUUAAACAUCAUUUCUCCAAAAGGCGAGAAAUUAUUGUUUAUCAACUAAAUUUGUUUAACUAUAUGAUAAAGAUCUAGCGCUUUUUUGUCUCCAGUUUCCUUUUUUUUUAUUAUCCUAUUCAGCAAUCUAUCUACAAGAUUAGCAUAGAUAACAAAAGAAUUAAGAAUAAUCGUGAAAAUUUCAAGGAAGAUAGAUAAUUAUAUUAACGAGAAAAUUACAGAAUUUUUAAUUAAAUCAAAACCAGAUGAAAACCAUAAUAAAUGCCAUUUUUCUCGAAUAGUUAGGUUAAGAAUCUAUAAUUCGAAUAGUUAAUAUAUAGUUGUUAUUUUUUUCUUGAAUGAUCUGCGAAGCACAUGUCAUUAAGAAAUGGUGAAGAAUUACAUAAGAAGCCAAGAAGAGUUGCUUAGAAAGGGAAAUUCACCGCAGAACUUUUUUUAACUCCUCACACUUCAAGCGUGGCAAACGAGUAUUUUGUAGAAUUUCGCUCAAUUGUAUGAAAAGAUUGUCACAUUUUUACUUAUUUUUUUGUAUGUACAUAUGUCAACGUGUGUUUUCUGAUCAACAAAAUGUUGUCAGAAUGAAUUGUGGUAAAUAUGUAUUUACGAGAAGUACAAGAAAGGGAACUAUUUAUUUGAAAAAAAUCUUUAAAAUGAAAUGGGGGAGAAUUCUCUACUGAUUUUUUUUUAUCUGGAAAUUCGAUGUUGUAAUUUUCGCGACCAGGUGGUCCUAGUUUGUCUGUGUUAUUUUAAAUGUUAAUUUUUACCAUGUUUUGAAGUUGUAUUUCAUUUCUAUUUAUUUUACUUUUUUGUAUUUAGAAUUUAUAUAAAAAAGAGGUACUUACACUGCUGUAAAAAAUGUUGAAAAAUAUUUUUGUUUGUUCAACUUAAAUAUACUUUUUGCAUAGUUGUGCUAAAAAAGAAUUUUUUUUUAUGACUUUAUGCGAAAUACUGAAUAGCAAUUUAAACUCUUCAUUGUUUUCCAUUUUGUGUUCAACGGUGUUGCACUAGUUACAUUUUGUAUGAAGCAGUGACAAUAAAAAGUAAAUCUUAGAACAGAAAAGAACUUAUAAACCCUGAAACUUUUUUUUCAUUGUUAACCAACACUGAAAAUAUUUAAUACAACCAAAUUUGUCGUAAUAUGACUACUUGAAUAUUUUUUUUUAAAAUUUGGAAAUCACGUGUAUUUUCAUCUUAACUUACUACUAGUACACGUAAAAUUCCUUAAAUGUGUAUUUUAAAGUGUUGUAUCGCACAAUGUUUUUAAUACCGGUCGCCAACAAUCGUAUUUUACAUAAGUCAGUAACGUUAUCUGAGACCGACUUACAAAAUCAUCAUUCAACAAAGCAACACCAAGUUUUUGAAUUAAUUGGAGAAUUUAACUGCUUUUAAGACAGCAAUAAAUAAAAACUAUUAUUUUUUCGAAAAAUAUAUGAACUGAUAUGAACGAAAUAUUUCGAAAAAUAUAGGAUUUUUUUUUCUAUAUGUACAAUAUUUUUAGCAUGUACAGUAUAAUUAAUAAAUUUGUAUACUUUCCUGAAAGCAAUAGCUAUAGUCUUGUAUGUCUAGGAAAAUAUCAGAAACUAAACAGCGCUAAAGUUUCUGGAAAAAGUUUUUUAUUUAUUUCCUUAGUUGAAUCUAAUGAAAAUCUUAGAGGGAGAGAGAAAUUCUGAAAAUAUUUCAUAUAUUUCACAAGAGUGAGACGUAUCAACAUAAAUCAUCUGAUAUGCUCAUUAUAUAAUGUUAACAAUUAGCGUUUUUAAUUAGAAAAGAUUAUCAUUUUAUUUAAAUAAGGUGUAUGUUUUUUUGAUAUUUUAAGAACAAUUUUAGCACAUUAUUUAAGAAUUUGAUUCUAAUGUAGAACAGGUAACUUUACAAAUUAAGCAAGUAUCUUAUCGUACAUAGCUUAAUUUAUCAUACCCAUCUUAUAAAUAAUCUUGCUAACUUGAAUAAAAUUUUACAUUUUUGGUAAGUUGAUUUAUGUUCAUACGAAUGUGUUAAUAAAAAAAGCACAAUAUCCCCUUCUUUUAAUCAACUCAGUCGUAUUACUCUCAAAGUUUCUUUUUUUUUUUAUAAAGAAAACGCGGCAUCUAAACAAAGAACUUGAGCAAUAUAGUUAUAGACAUAUUAAUGUACCAUGUCAAGCUUUAUAAACAAUGUAGCAAUAGCCAUUCCUAGUAUCAGAAAAAUAAUAAUUUGUUCAAUAUUAAAUUCCAUUAUUUUUUUAAAAAAUAUAUUAAUAAACUGUCUAGAAAAGUUGAUGAAGACUACCUUAAAUGUGUGUUGUUCAAUUGCUGUGAACAAUUUAAUUCCAUUUAAGAACAUGAUGGCGUUUUCUCUUAAUAAAGCGCCAAAAGUGCAUAAUAAGUGCAAAUGUAGUGUGGGUACCUCUGAUAAUUUGUUUAAAACAACUAUUCGUUUUCCAUAAUUUAUUUCUAGUCAUUUUGAGCUUGUUUUAAUUUUACUACUAUAUUUAAGAGCUUCAAAAUAUGGCGUAGAAAGUUUUGUUGUAAACUUGAUUAAUACUAGUCAUUUUAUUCCAUGUCUAUUUUUUUAUGUAUUUGUUUCAGUUUCUGCAACUAUAUGUUUUAAAUUAUUCUUGUGAUUGUCGUAUUUAUUGCUCUGGGUAGCAUCAGCCUACUUGUAAAUGAUGUAUAUUUAAUUAUCAUGCAUUUUAUUACUUUUAUAGUUAUUUAUAUAUUAUAUGUUGUUUAUGUUAUGUUUUACAAUGUUUUUAAAGAUACCAGUCUUAAAUGGUGGUCACAUUUUAGUAUUCUCUAAUCCGAACCAUUAACUUGAAAUUAAAGAAAAGAAAUGCUAUUCAAAUUCCUUUGUUUCUUUUUCUAACUCGUAUUUUAAAACCACCUGCAAACAUAUCAGUUCCAUUCUUGGACUUAUAGGCAAUAACAAUUAUGUGGUCUUUGAUAAAAACAAAUUAAACUGUAUGAAAGUACGGUAAUAUGUAUGUGAUAUUAUUGUGUUCUUUUUCAGGCAAAGCCUUUUAUGUUUUUCGCGAUUUCCCUGUGCAUUUCUUCAGUGAUGGCUCAAAAAUGUUUCCAUUGUUCUCAUUUACAAUUUCAAAAAUAAAAAAAUAUUUACCCUAUUA